CCAAGAUUAAAACAGUAUUUUAAUGUGUGGUUUUCCUCACUUAAAGUCUUUUGAUAUUAUUGCCGUGCAGUUACAUAUUCAUUUCUUUCCUUCAUUUACCUAAUGGACUACAAGGUCAGUGAGGGAACAAUUAUACACUCAGACACACGCACACACACACACACACAAUGGGGGAUACGUAAGCAAGGUACAAGAGGUAUAUAAACCUUUAUCAGUGCGUUUUGUGUGGCUGUGAGAAGACAGAUUGAUUCCGUCUAAGAGGACAAAAGGUAAUAAUUCAAAUUAAAUACACUAUGUCUUAAGCUUAAAAAUAAAUGUAAAGUGUGAUUGAAGUGUGUGUAUAUCAGUAUUUAUCUGUUUUUUAUUGCUAUUCCUCCCACUGUCUUUAUUAUAGUCAUCAUGUUUUGGACCAUUAGACAUGCAGGAUCCAGCAUUUUAUUGUUUGUAAUGCUUAUUCAUUUUGGAGAGCUAUAUGCCAGAAGUGAUAUGACUAACUUUGGAUGUGAGGAAUGCAAACUCAAGGAGAACAACAUUUUCUCGAAGCCUGGAGCUCCUGUUUAUCAGUGUAUGGGAUGCUGCUUUUCCAGGGCUUACCCCACACCCUUAAGAUCCAAAAAAACCAUGCUUGUCCCAAAAAAUAUCACAUCAGAAGCUACAUGCUGCGUAGCCAAAGAAGUCAAGCGGGUACUUGUCAAUGAUGUCAAACUAGUGAACCACACAGACUGCCACUGCAGCACCUGUUACUAUCAUAAAUCUUAAAGACACACUAUGACAUUUCUGAU